UAGACAAUUGUUUUUCCGUAGCUCAACUUUGUGGCGGCCAACCAAGAACAGAACACAUGCUUGCGGCUUGAACCACAUUCGGAGGAUUAAAACUUGCAAUAGUUUCCACCCACAGUGUUGUGAUGCAGAGUCUGACACGACACUGAUGAGUCUUCUUUUAAGCAUAAAAUACUACUACUACUACUAAAAUGCGUUGCCAUGCCUUUAGGGUGUGGCCAGACUGACUUCGAUUUUUGAAUGCCUUUUGUGAGAGAAAGCGAUGGCGGUCGGCGUUCUCGCCUUACAGGGAUCUUUCAAUGAACAUAUUGCAGCGUUGAGAAGACUAGGAGUGAAGGGCGUACAGAUAAGGAAGCCUGAGCAGCUUCACAGCGUGACCUCCCUCAUCAUCCCUGGCGGAGAGAGCACCACCAUGGCCAAGCUCGCCGAGUACCACAACCUGUUUCCUGCUCUACGUGAGUUUGUCAAAUUGGGGAAGCCCGUUUGGGGGACAUGUGCGGGGCUUAUUUUUCUGGCAGACAAGGCAAGCGGACAGAAAACUGGAGGCCAGGAACUGAUUGGGGGCCUUGAUUGUACAGUCCAUCGAAACUUCUUUGGCAGUCAGCUCCAAAGCUUUGAGGCAGAGCUUUCAGUGCCUGAGAUCGCAGCUAAAGAAGGUGGUCCUCCAACUUUUCGAGGAGUUUUCAUUCGUGCUCCUGCAAUCCUUGAUGUUGGAUCAGACGUUGAAGUGCUGGCUGAUAUCUGCAUCCAGUCUGACAAAACUUCUGACUUGGAUUCUGCUCUGGAAAGCCAAAAGGAAAGUACCACGUCUGAAAAGAAAGUGAUUGUGGCCGUAAAGCAGGGGAACUUGCUAGCAACUGCUUUUCAUCCUGAACUGACUGCAGACACUCGAUGGCAUAGUUUCUUCUUGAAGAUGGCGAGCGAGGUUGGAGAUGAGGCGUCGAGGAGUGCGUCCACAUCCCAAGAGGAUUUAAGCUUCUACAAGCAACCUAGAAAUGAUCUUCCCAUAUUUCAAUAGUUGUCAAAGAGAUAGCAAAUAAGAUACGUUGACAGAAAUAUCUGAAGAAUCCUUGAAGGUGUUCAAUGCCUUCUCGAUCUUGGUCUGUACUUGAUGAAAAUUCUCAAGGUUGGUGGGUUAGUUUUGAAGCAAAUCUCCAUUGCUGUUGACUAGGUGGUGUGUAUAAUGUUGGAAGCUAUUUAUUUUUUAUUUUCUGGAAUUUUCUUUGAGCUUGUUGAAUUAUAUUAUUGGUUGUUAAGUUGGAACCUACGCAUAUAUUCAAGGACUGCCAAUUUUGCAUAUGCUGUUCCAUGCUUCAUAAGAAAAAUC